UCAAAAAUAUCAAUAAAUAACAAUGAAAGAAUAAAUAAAAGAACACCGACCGAGGAUUCCCGGAAUUACAGCAAAGAGAGCAGACACCCGCGCAAAUCUCCCAAACAAACAAAAAACCUCAUUGAUUCACUCAUCGGAUUGAUUUCAUUAUGAUAUGCAGAUGGAAAAUCAGAGGCUGAUUCUUACUAAUGCAACUUCAUCACCAACACGAAGAUCGUAUCUUGAUUAUAUUGAGCACCCUGUUUCAAAGCUUGACACUCUUGCCGGCGUCGCCAUUAAAUAUGGCGUUGAGGUGGCGGAUAUUAGGAAAAUGAAUGGUUUGGUGAGUGAUCUUCAAAUGUUUGCUCUUAAAUCACUUCAGAUUCCAUUGCCUGGAAGACAUCCACCAUCGUCUUCUUUAUCCAAUGGUCACCAUAAUUCUCCAAGACAGCAGGCGUCAAACGGCCAUUCUGGCCUCUUUGAUUCAUUUCAAUCCUUGAAGCUUAAUUCUUCAAAGAGGGAGGUUUCUCAGGCCAUGAGUUCCUUACGAGGUUAUUAUGGACUUGAGCCAAUAACAGAUCCAGAGAGUUCUAUAGCUCUUGAAAUGGCAGACUGUUUAAAAGGAGAUUUUGACAAUGAGGAAGACGUUCAGUAUCUUAGACCUCUACCGGCUACAAAUAGACCUCUGAGUGUCAACCGGAAAUCUAAGAGCUUAUUAAAUGGUUUUCUAGACGAGAACAAUGGACUGGCUGACAGCCAGCUUUCUACGGAGACGAGUGAAAUUGAUUCAGAAAAAUGGAAUGAGAAAUUACUUAGACGGCGUCAAAAGUCUGAAACUGACUUCACUUCCAUGUGCCCUGAAACACUCAUGAGAGAGGACAGCUACGGAGGUGCAAGUUCUGCUAUCAAAGGAAAGAGCUUAGCUCCGAGAUCCAAAGCAGCAAGUCGAACUGUUACGACAAUUGAUACUGAAAUAAGCACUUAUACUGAUUUGCCUACAAAUGGUGGAUUUUCUAGCGUAAGAAAGUCAUCAAGUACAUCAAGCUUGCAGGACCAGGACAGUGCUUCCAUCUGGCCAACAUCCAAAUGGAAUUUGAAACCAGACUUGCAAGCCCUUUCAGCUGCAGCCACAAGGCCAAUCUUUGACGGAUUGCCAAAACCGGCUACUAACCGAAGAAACAAAGCUGCUUGAUUAGCUAUCAUACUUUAUUGAUACCCAAGUCUACAUAAUCAAUUUUGAUCAAAUAUUUUGGCAGGUAAUACAUUUCUAUUUCUCAAAGGGUAAAUAGAAAAUCGACUAGAAAACUGUUAGCAUAAUAGGUUUGCACAUAUUUUUCCCAGACUCCCAGCAGUUUGAUACAAGAUAUAUGUUCAUAUAAAUCCAAUUUUCAGAUUUGUGAGUGGUCUAUUUUUAUAACUGUGUAGGUUUUCCCAGGACUAUAAUUGGGUGAAGUAAUGCCAUUUAAAUUCCUUCUGUAAUUCGGAAGUGCAUCAUACGCUUUUUUCCCUCUGUAAUUCCAUAUGAUCGUGUUCAUGUAA